AGAAGCGGAGAAAAUAUGGAUACAGAUACAACAUCGAUCCGCCUUUUUAUUCAAUUGGUGAUAAUUUAUUGCAAUGUAUAUCACACAACAUCAGACCAAACUGUCUGCUCAAGCUAUCUUGUAUCUGGUAUUUAUGGGGUUGAAGACGCAGCAUUGACCGCUUCAAGCACAUUUACUUCAAAUGGCGAUCAUAGACCAGAAUACGCCAGACUGUAUCAUGAUGGCUUGUCCAAGCAUUCACUGUCGUGGUCAUCGGCAUCUGUUAAUGAUCAACAGUAUAUUCAGGUGAAAUUUCCAAGAGAAACAGUGGUCGACACCAUCUUGAUUCAGGGCCGUGGUGACUUAGAUCAGUGGGUUAGUACAUAUUAUAUACUGUACAGUAUGGAUGGAACAACAUGGACCACUGUGACAUCACAAAACCAGGAACCAAAGUUAUUCAACGGAAACAGUGACAUGAAUAGUGUAGUCAAGGUCGAUCUUCUACCUAAAGUCACCGCAAUGUACCUUAGAAUCAAUCCUCGAAGCUGGAACAAGCACAUAAGUCUUCGCUUCGACGUCAGUGGAUGUUACAAAGCGAGGAAAAAACGUUAUCAAUCAACGUUUUUUCGACUGCAGACACCGCCAUCAGCUGCUCUUCAGUAUUACCUCAUGAAUGAGUCCAUGUCAACAACAUUCCCAGCAUGCAGUGCGAUGUGCCAUACAGAAAGUUCCUGUUUUUCGUUUACUUUUGACGUGAACCAGAAACUUUGUCGAGGUUACAAAACCGUAAUCUUUGGCAAACAUGGAUCCUUCACUAAUGAAGCUGUUCACUACUUUGUUCAAAACGUCGCCAAUCCAUCUCUGGGAUUUCAGCAGCUACCAGCUUCAAUUUUUAAAUACAAAAUCAACGAAGUUAUCCAAGACCAAAAUGAAGCGUUUCAUCUUUGCAUUAGCUAUCAGUCUCGAUUGAUCAGAAUCGCUUCGAAAUCCAAAAUGGAGACUCUACAGAACAUCAUCGCUGGGAAUACUAUACUAAGGAAACACCACAACCAGUUAUUUGUGUCUGGGAUGUACGUAGCGCCUCAGUGGAAAUACAAUGACGGAUCGGAAGUGAUCAACAGCGUCCUCUGGUCUCCAGGCAACCCUAACGUCACACAAGGAAACUGUGUUAUAUUGACGCUAGCAGGUCUCGCUAGUAUGGACUGUGCAGAAAAGCUAUUUUCGAUUUGCGAAUCAUUCUGAUAACGUGUACAUAUUGUGAUACAUAUUUUACCAAUGGUCUAUCUGUAAAAUGAGCAUCGCCGUUGGAAAAACAGUAUCUAUAAUGUAUCUACAAUGUACCUCCACUUAUUAUUUCCAGUAUAGCAUUAUCAUUAAUAUAGAAUCAUCAUAACAAUGACAGUGAUAAUAAGAAUUUAACUUCUUUGAAAGGAAUACACGGACAUUGAAGGCAUUUAUACCUCUCAAUCAAAAGAAAACGAGAGACAAUCUACAUCUCACUGAUGUUGUUUUUAUUUUUAUUUAUU